AUGACUCUGACGGAAGGCCCGAUCUCAGGCAAAUACAGACUCAAGCAGUUCCACUUCCACUGGGGAGCCAGUGACGACAAGGGCUCCGAGCACACAGUCGAUGGGAAAUGCUACCCAGCCGAGCUCCAUCUGGUCCACUGGAACACAGAAUAUCCCAGCUUUGGGGAAGCAGCCAGUAAGCCUGAUGGUCUUGCUGUGGUCGGAGUUUUUCUAGAGAAUGGAGCAGAAAAUCCUAAUCUUCAGAAGGUUCUGGAUGCUAUGGAUGCUAUCAAGUGCAAGGGAAAGCAGACCUCAUUCACAAACUUUGACCCAACUGUCCUACUCCCAGAGUCUCUGGAUUACUGGACAUACCUGGGGUCUCUGACCACCCCUCCUCUGCUCGAGAGCGUCACAUGGAUCGUCUGCAAGCAGUCAAUCAGCAUCAGCACGGAGCAGAUGAAAAAAUUCCGAUCUCUGCUUUUUACUGCAGAGAAUGUGGAGGCCUGCUGUAUGGUGAAUAACUAUCGCCCUCCUCAGCCUCUGAAAGGUCGUGAGGUCCGUGCAUCUUUUAAAUGAAGGACCCCCCACCCCACCUCCGGACCCCUGUUCCUCCCCUUCCCUCCCUUCUUUAGCAGGAUAUGCAAGCGCGGGGCCCCGGGCCAAGGGCCUCAAAGUACCUUCACCCUCCAUGCAGUGAUGCUAGGCAAACUGCCAGCUGUCCAGCAGACCACAUGUGCUGUUUGGAGAGUAAAGAGGCUAUGCAGGGAAACGUGUUUGUACUGUCCCUCUCUCUUUCUCCUUCUUUAUUUCAUUAGUGCAAAUGCUUGAAUUAUUUGGAUUUAUAAUAUGGUGCCAAUUUUGUAUGAUGCUCUGAUGAACUUGUGAUACACAAACAGACAAAAUAAGUUAUAUAUACAUGGGGUAUUUAAUAUGCAAAUGGGGUAUUUAAGUAUAUUUGUAUUGCUCUAGAGCAGAGAUGCCCAAAUCUGGACCCAGUUGGCCCGUGAUGACCUUUGAUUUGGCCCGCCAUAUUAUACUUACAUUUAUGCAUUUAGCAGAUGUUUUUAUCCAAAAUGACUUACAUUGCAUUCAUGUUAUACAUUUUUUUCAAUUAGUUUAUGCAUUCCUUGGGAAUGGAGCCCAUGACCUUGGCAUUGCUAGCGCCAUAUUCUUCUGUUUCAGCCACAGGAUUUCAUAUCACAAGAAAGGGGGGGGGGAAAGAAAAAA